AUUGUAUUAACUACUGAAAUAUAUGCAAAGCAACCUCUAGUAACGCGUGGUCGGGGUGCUUUGACAGCUGGUGGAGUAUUCUGUGACAUCUUGAGUAACAAUUUAGUCUGGGGAAAACUAGAAGUUCAUACACAUUAUGUAACUUUAAUAACUUUAUGUGGGACGACUCAGUUUAACACUUAUGCAUCCAAACAUUUUCUUAUCGAAAAGUAACAAUUGUGUUCUAACUUUAGCAAUACACUUUUACUCCCUCUAUCCUGAAUUGAACCUCCACGUUUAACUUGGUAUAUAUAGGAAAAUGGUAGUAAAACAACAUUUUAUAAGAUAAACAACAGUUGGAAAGAAAAGUAGUAAAUGUAUUUUUUUUUUAAAAAUUAAAGUGACAGCUUCUGGAGUAUUCUGUGACAUCUUACGGCUUGCAUUAUAACUUGGUGGUCCAUCGUAAUUGAAUUACUGCAACCCGUUAUUCUUCUUUUUUGAGUACCACAUUUCAGUUUUUGACUUUGUUGUAUGAUUUUCAUGUGGAGAUGUAUCACAGAUAUAAGGAUUUCACUGAGUUAUCAUUGGUAGAUGAAGAUGCCUUUGAAUUUCUUCUCAUUAUGUCCACAGAAAAGGCAAAGGGUUUUUAUUUCCAAAGGGAGGUUGGGAAAAUGAUGAAACAAUCAAAGAUACAGCACAGCAUGAGACGGUGUAGUAGGAGGGGAUGUUAAGAUGAAUGGCAAGAUAACUUUACCAAAAAUGGGUGGAUGAAAGAAGCCUUGGAAAUGUUAGUAAGGAGGUUGGGAAAAGAUGAAACAGUUGAAGAUGCAGCACAGUGUGAGACAGUGGAGGAAGCUGGAGUACGAGGGGAUGUUAAGGUUUGUUCUCCUUUUGCAGUGCAAACUGGGAGGGGAAGAUGGUACGUUGAGAACAAAACCGGUGACAUUGCCUGUGAAGGGCACAUGUUUCCUUUCUUAGUAACACAACAACUAGACUCUUGGCCCAAGAAAGAGAUUUGCGAAAGAACUUGGUGUAAAUUAGGAAGAUGGAACUUUGAGAACAAAGCCGGUGACACUGCCAAUGAAGGGCACAUGUUCCCUCUGUUUGUAACAGAACAACUAGACUAUUGGCCUGAGAACGAGAUUCGCGAAAGAACUUGGCACGACAUCUCUGCUUCAGAUUCCUUGUCACUAAGAGUGUUUAAGAGUUGGGGGAAGAAUAUCUCAAGUUGGUUCCACUGUUGGGGAACUGGUAGAAGUGUAUCAGUCAAUUUGCCUGAAAAUUGGUAUGUACGUGAUAAUUUCUUGGUAUUUGCUAUAUGUCACUCUGGCAGAUUUAUUGGAACCAGAGCUUACUUGAUUCCCUUAUGUAAUGAUGGAAUGCCGUGGAUCACCCAGAAACUUGCCUUAUGCAACCAUUCAGAAUGUGAUACAAAAUGUAUUAUAUAUUUUUCCUGGUACCUCUUGCUAGCUUAUGGGAUACAUCUAAGGCAAAUGGAAAAGCACCAAAUGACUUUGGGCUUCUUAGGUUAUGCUUUUAUGGAGAAAUAAAGGAGUAUGGAUUUCGUUUGUUUUGUAAAGAUGAACCUAAGCUUGAGUCCUUGUUACAAAUGAUGGGAAAUACUGAUGAACCAACAGAACAUUGCUCCUUCUGUUCUAAAGCUCCUGUCUUUGAUAAUCUGCCAGUCUCUUCAGGAACUUUGCAGCGUUAUCCUUCAUUCCAAGAUUAUGAGGAGGAAUUAUAUGAAGAUGAAGAUCCCAUUGAACUUAUUCUCAUUAAGAACAGAAAGCGACGGCCAAGGAUGGAUUAUGGGCUUAAAACUUUUUAAUAUCAGAGGUAAUCUCUUUUUUAAAUACAAGUAUCUCUCUUGUUAUGGCAACUUCAUAAUAAAUCAGAGGCAAUCUUUGUUUUAAA